ACGGCUCGGACUUUGUUCCGUCGUCUGUUGACUAACGGCGAUGUUAUUUUUGUACGUUAUAUCGGUCCGUGCCGGAGGUAUAUCACAUUUGUCAACAUGAUGAACGCUACUCUGAAGAAUAUGACUGAAUCUGAUCAUGGAAUAUGGCUGGCGUCGAUGGGAACCUACUUGGUGUCAGUCGCCGUAUUCUGGGUGGUGGGGACGUUGUUUCUCGUCGUGGACGUCACCGGUAGACCGGCGUGGAUGAAACAGUUUAAAGUCCAGCCUGGCAAAAACGAACCGGUUAAGUCCGGCCCACUUUGGCAAACAACAAAAGUCGUCAUCACCAACCAGAUCUUCGUCGGCCUGCCUCUCAGCUUCGUCAAUGCCGGUCUACAGCGAUACCGAGGCUGCGACCUGACCUUGACCCUACCUCAACCAGUUGACUUCAUUCGCGACUUUGCUGUGUUUGUUGUCCUGGAGGAAUUUGGAUUUUAUUACUCUCACAGGCUACUUCAUCACCCCGUGUUCUACAGCUGGAUACACAAGCAGCACCACGAGUGGACGGCCCCCGUCAGCUAUGUCGCCGUCUACGCCCACCCCAUUGAAUACAUCUUCUCCAACAUCAUCCCUCUUGUCCUCGGGCCCCUGGUGUGCGGAUCCUGCCUCCUGACCACGUGGGCGUGGUUCGCCGUCGCCACCUUCACCACCAUGAUCCACCACAGCGGCUACCAUCUGCCGAUCCUCACGUCGUCUGAGUUCCACGACUUCCACCAUCUAAAAUACAACGUGAACUACGGAGUCACUGGGUUGCUAGACUGGUUCCAUGGGACUGAUCUCAAGUUUCGUGCUGCGCCACAAUUCGACAGACAUAGAAUGAUAUUCAGUGCCGGCGACAUGAAGCUCCGUGAAGACAAGAUGAAGUGACAGGGGUCAACGUCUAGCAGUAGCGACACGCUGCAUUCAGACACUGUACAAAAUACACCUGACUUGUUGUAUUAUACUUGUAUAUAGGAACAAUACUCUACGACUGUGUGAAGGGUGGCACUUCGAGGGGACAAGACUCAACACUCGAUCAUGACUUUUGUCUAAGUGUUCGUUUAUAUUUUCCUGUUUUACUGAAACAUGCUUUUAAUGCAUGUCGAGGCGCAUUCAAGUAUGUAGAGCCCUUGUUAUGGCUCACAUCAUAAUACAACGUACUCUUGAAAUAUAUUUCACGGGUAGAUUUAUAUACAUGUAUACAGAUGUCCCGACAUCGAUGGGCACUGACCGUUUGUUUUGAGCUGACCAUAUAUUAAAGGACAAAGCACUGUA